CCAGAUAUUUCCUGCUUCCUGCCUCUAUCACAGAUCUGCCAGUGUACAGAUGAGUGUAACCAGCACGUUGUAAAGUGAAGCCACAUUCACUGUAGAUCAGCAAGCAAACAGGAAGAAAGGAAACUAACCUUUGGUUUGGAUCAGUUCUCCGUUUUUUUCUUGUAUGAGAAAGUGAAACUAUUUCACAUUCACUGUCCCUUCGAGGUGAAAUGGCGCAGCAACAAAACCUGAUGGAUCGGAAAAAACUUUGCUGUUCCAUUUGUCUGGAUCUACUGAAGGAGCCAGUGACUAUUCCCUGUGGUCACAGCUACUGUAUGAGCUGUAUUAGAAGCCACUGGGAUGAAGAGGAUCAGAAGGGAAUCUACAGCUGUCCUCAGUGCAGACAGACCUUUGGACCGAGGCCUGUGCUGGUGAAAAACACCAUGUUGGCAGAUUUGGUGGAGGAAAUGAAGAAGACAGGACUCCAAGCUGCUCCAGCUGAUCACUGCUAUGCCGGACCUGGAGAUGUGGCCUGUGAUUUCUGCACUGGGAGGAAGCUAAAAGCUUUCAAGUCCUGUCUGCAGUGUCUGGUCUCUUACUGUGAGCAGCACCUCCAGCCUCACUAUGAAUCCCCCGCCUUUGAAAAACACAAGCUGGUCAACCCCUCCAAGAAGCUUCAGGAGAACAUCUGCACUCGUCACAAUGAGGUGAUGAAGAUUUUCUGCCGUACUGAUCAGCAGUGUAUCUGUAUUCUGUGCUCCAUGGAUGAACAUAAAGGCCACAACACAGUCUUAGCCUCAACAGAAAGGACUGAGAGGCAGGGAGAGCUCGGAACGAGCCGACAAAAGAUCCAGCAGAGAAUCCAGGACAGAGAGAAAGAUGUGAAGGUGCUCCAGCAGGAGGUGGAUGCUAUCAAUCGCUCCGCUGAUAAAGCAGUGAGGAACAGUGAGAAGAUGUUCACUCAGCUGGUCCGUCUUAGCAAGAAAAGAAGCUCCGAUGUGAAGCAGCAGGUCAGAUCCCGGCAGAAAACUGAAGUGAGUCGGGCUCUAAAGCUUCAGGAGAAGCUGCAGCAGGAGAUCUCCGAACUAAGGAGGAAAGACACUGAGCUGGAGCAGCUCUCACACACCGAGGACCACACCCAGUUUCUACAGAACUACCCCUCUCUGUCGUGUCUUAGUGAAUCUACAGACCCAUCCAGCAUCAGUAUCCGCCCUCUGCAAUACUUUGAGGAUGUGACGGCGGCUGUGUCAGAGACCAGAGAUAAGCUACAGGAUGCUCUGAGUGAUGUGUGGACCAAGAUCUCAGAGCCUGAAGUAGAUGUUUUACUGCCACAACCAGAGCCCAAGACCAGAACUGAACUCUUACAGUAUUCAUGUCAAAUCACGCUGGAUCCAAACACAGCAAACGCACGGCUGUUGUUAUCUGAGGGGAACAGAAAAGCAACAGUGACGAGUGAAAAACAGUUGUAUUCAAGUCAUCGAGACAGAUUUACUGACAUGUUUCAGGUCCUGAGCAGAGAGAGUCUGAGCGGACGUCAUUACUGGGAGGUGGAGAGGAGCGGGUAUGAAGUUUCAGUAGCGGUCACGUACAAGGAUAUCAGCAGAACGGGAUAUGAGAGCGGUUUUGGAAAUGAUGACAAGUGUUGGGCGUUAGAGUGUUUCAACAACAGUUACGCGUUCAGACAUAAAAGUAUUAGCACUAUAACCUCAGGUCCUCGUUCCUCCAGAGUAGGAGUGUACCUGGAUCACAGUGCAGGUAUUCUGUGUUUCUACAGCGUCUCUGAAACCAUGACUCUCCUCCACAGAGUCCAGACCACAUUCACUCAGCCGCUCUAUCAGGGACUCGCCGUUUUUGCUUCCUAUGGUAACGGAUCUGCUGCUGAGUUCUCUAAGCUUGAGUAGAAAGAAGUUAGAAGGCUGACUAUGUAAUAGACCCCUUUUCUGUUAGUAAACAUGCUGACGUAUUUUGAGAGCGGAGAGUUAAUUGGCGGCAGAAAUUGUUGGCUUGUUAUUUUAACAAUGGCUGAAGGAAAAUACUCUCAAUAUGUACAACACAAAAAGGGUCUAUUUAUUAUUUGAGUCAGGAACUAUAAGGCAGAAUUAUAUAACCAUUACCUAACCAUAAAGCCAUGCAAAUACAUCUUUCAACAGACAUUAUUAUAGUUUUGGCUCAUGAGGAGUUUUGCAAUGUUUACUGCAGCUGCUCUUUUUUCCUUUGGGAAGCCAAAAUAAGGCACAUUUUGGAUUUAAUGGGUUAAAACAAUCAGGUUGCUCUUUCUCUGCUACAUUUGCUUAUGAACUGUGUAAUGUAUAUUUUUAUUAUGAAGAAAGAAAAAAAUCACCAUAUGAUUUGCAUUUACAGUCAGUCAUGACACAGACGUGAUUUAUUCCAGUGUUUGCAGAAACUCACUAUACUCCAAUCAAUGGAGGUUCAGAGUUGCUGUCUUUCUAAUAAAUUAAUGUUAAUACAUUCCAAAAGAAUUAGCCUCAGGUACAAAAUAUGUUGAGCUCAUUGCACUAUAUAUAUAUAUAUAAGUAUUUUUGUUUGUUUACAGUUGCACAGUAAUUAAAAUUGCACCCUUACUAAUAGUGUUCCUUUAUUUUAUGUGAACAAUUGCACUUUCACUGUUGAUUGAAGAAAUAUUUUCUUGAUUUUGUUUUGAUAUAAACCUGAUUUAUGAUCAUUGUGUGUAAUUAUGAUGAAAAGCACUUUGCAAAUAAAAUUAAUA